GUCGUCGAAAGGCAGAUAUUUUCUAUCUAUGGGCGUUCGCGAGGAACGGUUGAUGGCUCAGACAAGUAGUAUCGUGCGUAUCGUGUGUGCGUUAACAUUCCUCCGAGAGCGAGUCUCCUCUUCUUGAUUUUUAUAACACUCCCAGUGUUAUAGUCGUCGAGACAGAAGUGCAAGAAUAGCCCAGGGUAGCUUUGUCAUUCUCUUUUUUCUUUCUCUUUCUCUCUUUCUCUCUUUCUCUCUUUGUCCAAGUUCGAUAUUUUCGAGAGUGAAAACUUCUUCCAGCAGCCCGAGAUACUCCAAAAGUCUUAUAAUAUUUUAUUUGAUAAUAUUUAAUCAGAAUAGGAAUGUUAAUGUUGACGAAUUACUCUUUUGCACUCCUUUUAUAAUUGACUUUAUCACGUAUAAAUCUAUUUAUGGUGCCCUUUGAUAACAGUGUGCCACAUAACAGAUAAAACGUACGAUUGAAUGAUCAAAAGUUCAUCAUGCUUAGAUUUUUUCUAUUUUUUUGAUUUUUUAUAUUUUUUUUUGUUCUUUAUUUUGUUCUGUUUUUUUCUUUUAUGAAAUAUUUUCGAUUAUCUGAUGAGAAAGAGAGGGAGAGAGAGGGAGAAAAAGAGAGAGAAACGACAUGUGGUAAUGAAAAGUGAAAAAUAAAUGCCGUCAAAUAUGAAUUAUAAACGAAAACCUUGUUUAUUGUCGAUGAAAGUACCUGUUUGGAUAUUAUGCCUUCAUUGGCUGAUAUGGACCAGCUUAUUAAGCGAAGCCAUCGACAUAAAUUGCUGUCAAAAUGAUACGACGUGGGUAGCCGGAAGGAAUUGCAGUGACGGCAGUAACAUUCGUAUCAAAUGUACACUAGGCUUUUAUAAAAUAAAUGGCGAACUGGAAGAAUUUAAUAUUAUUGAAACGAAGAAAGGAGCUAUGCUGACAGAAACCGAAAGUCUCAUUCCAAUAUCACAGGAUCACUUUUGUGUGAUAAAUACGAAAAAUAUCAAACCUUCUGUAUUCGUAUGCUUCGAUGAAACGUAUAUGGACGAGCCACCACUAUGGAAAAGCAUACUUUUCUUUAUUCUCAGCAUGAUAUCGGCGAUAUUUUUGAUUGCCACUUUGAUGAUUUAUUUGAUCCUUCCCGAACUUCGGGAAAUACAAGACAAAGCAAUGAUGGGUGCUGUAUUUUCUUUGGCAGUCAGUUAUAUUAUUCUUUGCGUACAACAUAUUAAGGAAUAUGAAAGUGAAGAAAUAACGAUGUGUGUUACAUUAGCAUUCUUUCUCUACUAUGCCUUCAUGGCCACCUUCUUUUGGUUGAACAUCGUGGCUUUUAAUAUUUGGCGAACUGUUUGGUUUAAAAAUUUCCUAAUCAAAGAUAGAGUACUUUUUUUGAUAUAUUGUGUUUAUGGAUGGUUCGUACCGAUCUGUUUUCUAAUAUCAGCAUUGAUCGCUCAUCAUAUUCAAGGGUCUCAUUUGAAACCUCAUUUUGGCGAAUACAGAUGUUGGUUUAAUGGUACAUCCGAAGUAUGGGUGUUUUUUUAUGGUCCAAUAGCCGUUUUAUUGACACUAAAUGUUAUCUAUUUGGGUCUAACAAGUUGGAGAUUAUGGCAUGAAUACCGGGAGUAUAUUGGAAACAACCUACGAGCAUUACGAUUUAAAUGUUUGCUUUAUAUAAAGCUUAUGCUUGUUAUGGGUAUAACAUGGAUCUUUGAAAUAUUAUCAUUCGCUGCUGGGACAACUCAGUGGUAUUGGAUACCAACGGACAUCCUCAAUACGUUGCAAGGUUUUAUAAUAUUUCUUCUUUUGGUUGUAACACGAAAAAGGGUGAGAAAGCUUUUAGCGAAAAAGAAACCUUGCGGUAUAAUCUUCCCUAAAUCAUGGACAGCUUACGAAGACGAGGAAUGUGAGAUAGUAUUACCAGAAGAAUUGGAAUUGUCUCAACAAGAUUAAGAAUAUUUAAUUUAUCUAUGAUAUUAUUAGAAUUUAGUCGUUCAAAAGACAAAGAAGAAGAUAAUAUAUCGAUUUACGAUCUCAUUCUAUUUUAACUAUAAACAAAGUUUACAAUCGCAUUAAUUGGAAAUAAUUAUCUCAAUAUCGUAAGUACAUAAAGAAGAAAUAAUAUCUAAAUUUUCAUAACACAAAUAAAACUAAUCCAUAUAUAUCUCCUUAGAAUGUAUUCAUGCAUAUAUUUCAUAUAGUUUAAUAUAAUUUUCUUUGCUUUUGUGAGCGAAGAGAUUAUUAUUGUACAAGAAUCUGUAAAUAUUAAGAAAUUGUGGAAAGUCGAAAAAAAAGGAAAAAGAAAAGAAUAAUAAAAUAUAAAUACACAUACUAUU